UUCCCCUGCGUUUCCAAUGCUCCAUGAUUAGGUGUCGACUGUACAGGAAGCAAGAGGCAAGCACGCCGUCACUGCUAUUUAAUCUCAGCGUAUCAUCCAGCCAAGAUCAGAGAUAGAUACGUUUCUGCUUGGAGUUGGGACUUGGAAGCAUGGGGAGGCUGGCAGCCGGCCGUCUGCUGGGGAUCUUGCUCGCUUUCCAUCUCCUCGUGGCUUCAGCUCACGCAGCUCGUAUCACAAGGAGCUACAUGAUGGUCGUGGUGGAGGCUCCGGCGCUUCAUGAUGGCGAUCGUUCUUCAGAGGAUAACUGGAGAAGCAACGCAGUGGUGGAAGAGAUGUUUGGAAGGAUGGCUCUGCAGAUAACUGACUACCCUGGCUCAGGCCCGAACGAUCGUCACACACCCAAAGCACCGGGGCCAUGACGCCAACCAAAUCGAAUCACCGGCUUGCUGAACCGUGACGACGUGUACAGAGAUCAGCUCGUCGAUCAUAUAGCACCUAGCAAAGUAGUAGUAACCUUCAAGUGUCAAUUUGUACACCAGUACGUGCAGGUUCUGGCUGAAUUCUUACGGAAAAGCUAUGCGUACUAUUGGGUCUUGCGAAUUCAUACGUGUAGCAGCGCCCGAAUUCUUACGUUCCCGGAGGGUCCAAGGAAUUCCAUGAACUGAUGAAGGCGUAGUAUGCUUUCCAGCAGAGAGUAGUGUUCUAAUGAA